AUGUCUGCAGAAAAGAGACGUAGUAGUGUUGAUGAAAAAGAAGAAACGGAUGAAAAUGACGGUUGGAUAGGGCCUAUGCCGUCUGAGGCAUCGAAACCUAAACAAAAAAAGCGAAAAGUAUUGGAAUUUGAAUCUCUUUACAUGGAGAAUUUGCCAUCUUCGGAGACUUACGAGUUCAGUUACAUGCACCGAGAUGUGGUCACACACAUUGUAGUUACUAAGACAGACUUCGUAAUCACCGCUAGUCAAGAUGGUCACUUAAAAUUUUGGAAGAAACAGGAAGAGGGCAUAGAAUUUGUUAAGCAUUUCCGCUGCCACCUUGCCCCUAUCAGUCAUGUUGCCACCAAUACUACCGGUACACUGCUCUGCACAGCCUCUCCGGAGAAAACAAUCAAAGUUUUUGAUGUUAUUAAUUUUGAUAUGAUCAACAUGAUAUCAAUAGAGUUUGAGCCAUACAUUGCUGAAUGGGUGCACUCGGCUGGGGAUCCUAUAUCUGCUCUAGCUAUUUCCGAGAAAGCCAGUAACAAGAUCCACAUAUUCGAUGGUACACAAACCUCAAGCACUCCACUACACACCUUCCAGACUCUUCACCAAGCUACAGUAACCACCAUCAAAUAUAACCCGGUCUAUGAAACCGCAGUCUCUGUAGAUAAGGCAGGGAUCAUUGAAUACUGGACAGGCCCCAAGCAUGAAUACCAAUUUCCUAAGACUGUGCAAUUUGAAUCUAAGCUGGAUACUGAUUUGUAUGAUUUUGUGAAGAACAAGACUUAUCCUACUGCGCUCGCGUUUUCUCCUGAUGGGAAGAAAAUGGCGUCGAUCAGUUUGGAUAGAAAGGUGCGUGUGUUCAAUUUCCUGUCAGGCAAGCUGCACAAGGUGCUCGACGAGAGCCUCCAGCGCUUCCAGGACCUGCAGCAUCAGACACAACAGCUGCCCAACAUGGAGUUUGGUAGACGUAUGGCGGCUGAGCGUGACUUGGAGAAGUCAGACUCGGUGCACCUAGCGAACGUACUGUUCGAUGCGAGCGGCCACUUCGUGAUCUACGCGACGAUGCUGGGGGUGAAGGUGGUCAACCUCGUCACCAACCGCUGCGUCGCCAUGCUCGGCAAGCCCGAGAACUUGCGCCCUCUACAUCUUGCACUGUUCCAGGGUCGCACGAACCAAUCAAAAGUAGCGACUACGCUGGAGAUGGAAGGGUCAGAGAACCCUACACUGCUGAACGUGAAGACGGACCCCACCCUGUUCUGCACGGCGUACAAGAAGAAUCGCUUCUACAUGUUCUCCCGCCGCAGCCCUGACGACAUCAAGAGCCCUGACGCUGACCGAGACAUCUUCAAUGAGAAACCUUCCAAGGAGGAUAUUAUCUCCGCUACUGAAGGACAAGGAGUACAACGUCUAUACGAGCAAGCCAUUCUACACACAUCAUUGGGCGACGUGCACAUUCGUAUCUUCGGCAAGGACGUGCCCAAAACUGCGGAGAACUUCUGCGUGCACUCCCGCAACGGAUACUACAACGGACACGUGUUCCAUCGCGUCAUCAAAGGCUUCAUGGUGCAGACUGGAGAUCCUACAGGCACGGGCACUGGCGGUGAGAGUAUAUGGGGUGGCGAGUUCGCGGACGAGUUCAAGCCUCACCUGAAACACGACCGGCCGUACACAGUGAGCAUGGCCAACGCCGGCCCCAACACCAACGGCAGCCAGUUCUUCAUCACACUCGCACCUACGCCGUGGUUGGACAACAAGCACACAGUAUUCGGCCGAGUGGUUCGAGGCAUGGAAGUUGUACAAAAUAUCGGCAGUGUCAAGACGAAUCCGAAGACGGACAAACCAUAUGAAGACGUUCGAAUAAUCUCCGUUACCGUUAAAUAA